AAUCGGAAGUCGCCCGCUGUUGCGAAUAAAUGGCUGGCCCGAGUCCGUGAAAACAUCCUGCGGGAGCGACAGAGAGGAAGACCCGGCCGGAGACAUGACGGUGGAGGCGAGCGCCAGCGACACGAGUGGAGCUGCCACAGUAAACAGGAGCAGCAGCAAACAGGAGGGCCCUGGCGGACUGUGGGACUCUGUGAAGAAAGCUGCGUUUGUAAUUGGAUCUGGAAUCUUUUUCUUGGCUGCAUUUGGCAACUCACUGACAUGGCAUCUUCAGAGAUUCUGGGGAGCUUCAGGAGAUUUCUGGCAGAACUUGUGGACCAAGCUGUACUUGGCAUUUGAAGGCCACGAUGCUGCUUUGUUCUUCUUAGGGACAAUGUUGAUCCCCACUCUGGUGUUUUGGGGGUCGAAUGCUCUGCUGCUGUUGGUGGACACCACUGGUAAACCCUCCUUCAUCACCCGCUACCGCAUCCAGGUGGACAAGAAUAACCCGGUGGAUCCGGUGAAGCUUCGCCACGCAGUGAGGGUCGUCGUCUUCAACUAUGUGUGCAUCUCAGGGCCCAUGGUGGUGGCGGCGUACUACCUGAUGACCUGGACAGGGAACCCCUGUGGGCCCGAGCUGCCCACCUUCCACUGGGCCCUGAUGGAGCUGGCUGUCUUCGCCAUCUCAGAGGAGCUCCUGUUCUACUACUCACACAGGCUGUUCCACCAUCCCGGCCUCUACAAGCACUUCCACAAACAGCACCAUGAGUGGACAGCUCCCAUUGGAGUCAUCUCCAUCUACGCCCAUCCUCUGGAGCAUGUGAUCUCCAACAUGCUGCCGGUGGUGGUCGGACCUGUGAUCCUGGGCUCCCACCUGGCCACCACCUCCCUCUGGUACUGCGUGGCUCUGGUCAGCACCACCAUCUCCCACUGUGGAUACCACCUCCCCUUCCUGCCCUCCCCGGAGUUCCAUGACUUCCACCACCUCAAGUUCAACCAGUGUUUCGGGGUCUUCGGUGUGCUGGACCGGCUCCACGGCACCGACACCAAAUUCAAGCAGACCAAGCAGUAUGAACGCCACAUCCUGCUCACAGGCCUCACCCCGCUGACCGAGAGCAUCCCUGACUCACCCAAGAAGGGCCAGUGAUGACCUGCGACCCCUGACCUCUAACCUCAGGACCAGGCCUCGCCAAGUUUGGGGAAUAUCCCCACGAUGUGUAGAGACAAAAUUUCCAAUCAACUUUAUAAUGACGAUUAGAUUUCUGUUAUUUCAAUCCAGAAAACCUGUUGGAUCAGUUUCAGACUGUGAAAGUCUCAGCUGCACUUGAUAUUUUUCCGAGUAGAAAAAUUGUGCUUGCACUUAACCAGAUGAGCAGUUUUAAAUGUUUAGAGUCUAAGUUCACUGUUGAUGUAAUAAUUGUAAACCUGUUUCCUCUCGUGACUUCAUCCUUCUGUGACCUGGGAAGACUUAUUUUAGCUCCCGGUUGACUCAUUGAUUGUAAUAUCGCAGAGAAGUCAGUAGUUCAGGGUUAUCUGGUAACAUCCUAUGAAAGAAGCCCAUAAUAUAUGAAGUUAUGCGUGAUGAAAAAAAUUGAAUACUCAGGAUAAUUUUAAAAAAAAGAGUAAUUCAAAAUUUUGACUUACCAUUUUUUAAUUUUAUUUUGAUCAUGACUAACUUUUUUAUGCAUUUGCUUAAUAAUUUCAGGAUUUUGAAUUUCAGGAUUUUAUUCGAAAUUAGAGCCAAAUCUCACAAAUACCUUGUUUACGGGACAGUUCCCUGCUCAGGUAGAUUUCAGAAUUUGGUCGUUGAUGUGAGUGAAAACAAAUAAAUCCACUUCAGUUACA